ACGUGCUCAGCCGCCAUCACGCAUGGGCCGGGGCAGCUCUGCCGGCUACUGCGACUUGCCAUUUCCGGAACUUAUGGCUGCCAUGCUGCGCAGUGUGGGCGCUGGGGCCUCGAAGCGGCCCUGGGGUCUGAGCUCCCGGGUGGUGUUGCUGCUGCUCCUGCUGCCGCCGCCACCACCCCUGAACCCCGGUUACACAGUGGAUAGCAGAACCACACAAGGGUGUGGUGAACCCUGGUGGUCAGAUGAUGCCCCCCGUACCCGCCAUUGGCCCUGGGAGGUGAGCCUGAGGACGGAAAACGAGCAUAUGUGCGGAGGGGCCCUCAUUGCCUCGAGCUGGGUGGUGACCGCUGCCCACUGCAUCCAAGGCACCCAGGAGUACUCGGUGAUGAUUGGCUCCUCGCGGCUGAAGCCUUUGUUUCCCUCCAUGGCGCUCUGGAUCCCCGUGAAGGACAUCAUCAUGCACCCCAGGUACUGGGGACAGACCUUCAUCAUCGGUGAUGUUGCCCUUCUUCGGCUGCGCACUCCUGUCACCUUCAGCAAGCACGUGCAACCCAUUUGCCUCCCCGAGCCCGGCCUGAACUUGAAGGUUGGGACACAAUGCUGGGUGACCGGCUGGAGCCAGGUGAAGCAGCGCUUCUCAGCCAACACCACGCCGACGCCAGAGCUGCAGGAGGCCGAGGUGUUCAUCAUUGACAACAAGAGGUGUGACCGGAUUUACCACAGGAAGUCCUUGUACCCUCGCAUCAUGCCCCUUGUCCUGGGUGACAUGGUCUGUGCCACCAACUAUGAAGAAAACUUGUGCUAUGGUGACUCCGGGGGGCCGCUGGCUUGCGAAGUGGAGGGCAGGUGGAUUCUUGCAGGGGUCUUGUCCUGGGAGAAGGCCUGCGCCAAAGCCCAGAAUCCGGGUGUGUACACCCGUGUCACCAAGUACACCAGCUGGAUCAAGAAGCAGAUGAGUAGGGGGACAGUCUCAGGGGUCUGCACCCCCUGGCUUCUCCUCCUGUUCUGGCUGCUGCAGCUCCCGCUAGAACCCUGACUGCCUUCUCUGUCCUCUCCCUGCCCAGCUGCUGCUGAAAGUGACCAGGUGGACUUGGCCAUGGGUCCACAUUCACCAGGAGUCAGAGCAGGAAAGGAGGAGUGCCCUAGGAAGCAAGGACCUUCUUGGGUGACCCAGCAGAGUGGGAUGUAGCAGCUGACAAGGCCUUGGGGUGACAAGGAGAAGGGAAGAAUGACCUUAGAAGUUGUGGAAGCUGAGACCAGGAGGGCAGGAAUUAAAUGCAUGCAAAUGAA